AUGUCUGCAGCUUUCAAAGAUUUCAAUAGCUCCAAAUUCCAGGUAUCAGAGUUCAUUCUGAUGGGAUUCCCGGGCAUCCACAGCUGGCAGCACUGGCUCUCCCUGCCGAUGGCAGUACUCUACCUCACAGCAAUAGGGGCAAAUGUCCUCAUUCUCAUCAUCAUCUGUCAGGAUCCCUCUCUGAAGCAUCCCAUGUACCUUUUCCUGGGCAUCCUCUCUGUGGUGGACAUGGGCCUGGCCACCACCAUCAUGCCUAAGAUCUUGGCCAUCUUCUGGUUUGAUGCCAAGGCCAUUAGUCUUCCUGAGUGUUUUGCUCAGAUUUAUGCCAUUCACUGUUUUGUAGGCAUGGAGUCUGGCAUCUUCCUCUGCAUGGCUUUUGAUCGCUACGUAGCUAUUUGUUAUCCUCUUCGAUACUCAUCAAUUGUCACCAAUUCCUUGAUCUUCAAAGCCACCCUGUUUAUGGUGCUCAGAAAUGGCUUGUUUGUCAUCCCAGUGCCUGUGCUUGCAGCCCAGAGGAAUUACUGUUCCAGGAAUGAAAUUGAGCACUGUUUGUGCUCUAACCUUGGAGUCACAAGCCUAGCCUGUGAUGACAGGAGGCCAAACAGCAUUUGCCAGUUGCUCUUGGCAUGGCUUGGAAUGGGGAGCGAUUUAGGCCUCAUAAUCUUGUCAUAUACUUUGAUUCUACGCUCUGUACUUAGAAUGAACUCAGCGGAAGCUGUGUCCAAGUCUCUGAGCACGUGUAGCUCACAUCUCAUCCUUAUCCUCUUCUUCUACACUGUUGUUGUAGUGAUUUCAGUAACUCACCUGGCAGAGACUAAGACCAAUUUGAUCCCAGUUUUACUCAACGUGUUGCACAACAUUAUUCCUCCGGCCCUUAACCCUAUGGUGUAUGCGCUCAGGACCAGAGAACUUAGGCAAGGCUUCCAGAAGGUGUUUUGUCUGGGCUUCCAAAAGAAAUAA